AUGGCACUAGCGCCGGUGGACAAAGAGCUAGCGAGACUUACUGCAACCCCACUGUCCCCUGAAAUCGAGAGCACGCCGCUCCUUUCCAGAUUCCACCAACCUAAGUUCACGUUAUACGACGACAAGAUGGAUCCGUACAUGCACGUGAGUCAUUACCGGCAAGUAAUGGCUGGCCACCGGCACAAUGACGCCUUAAUGUGUCUCAUAUUCCCAGCAAGUUUGGGAGAACUGGGCCUGAAAUGGUUCGAAAGGCUUCCAAAGGAGAGCAUCGAGGGAUGGCAACAACUAGCAGAGUCCUUCGUCACCAGAUUCAAAACCAACACUCGAACACCAAAGGAGAUCGACCAUCUCCUGAGUGUCAAGAUGGAAUCUAGAGGCUCUUUGAAGGCAUACAAAGCCAAGUACUGGGAAAUUUAUAAUGAGAUUCUCGAUUGCCCCACCAAUCUGGCGAUCACCCAAUACAAGCGGGGUCUCCCAGUUGGACAUAGGCUGCGAGAUUCGCUUACGAUGGACCAGCCCACAACCAUGGAAUCCUUGAUGCAGCGGAUCAACAAACGCAUCCAAGUAGAGGAUGAUGCCGCCACAGCAACCAAGAAGGCAAAUCCGGUCACGGUGGACAAAAGAGUAGUAGAAAAGGUUCACUCGGUGGGGCAGGAGGAUAACUGCCCAAAUGACCGAGCUAAAGACCAACAUUGCGGUUCAAACCACAAUGAUAGGAACGAAGUCGCAGAAACGACCGAGCUAACGCUCCUCGCGAUAAAAAGGAAGAUGCCAAGAGAAAGUUGA